AUGGCUAAUUUGUUAGCUGUUGAGAACUGGACAUGGAUCGACGGUUGUGAUGACUUGAACAUCUUCGACGUGUCACAAAUCAACGGUGACAUUGUUAUGUCUUUACUUGAUGACAUGCAAGAUGAUCAAUUAGAUGAUAGUGAUGAUGAUCGUGAUAAUGAUGAGAGAUUAACAGGCGUAAUUAAAUCUCUUGAAGCUAAAAUUGAUCAAGGUCAAUCUCGUCCUACUUUCAAUAAUGUAGUAUCUGAAUUGGUAGCAAGGGUCCAUGGUCAUGAUUCUUUCCAAGAUAAGCAAGAUUUUGUUGAAUCAAAUGAUCUUGAUUUUAGUUGGAUGGAGAUGGAGAUGAUCUCUUCGUACCCUAGCGAUGACAUGAACUUGUGGUGCAUGGACAACAACUAUGGUCAAGAUUAUGAGGUUAUUGGUGGGAUCUCUAAUUACUCUGAUACCAUUUCCUUCGAGGAAAACGAUUAUCAUUCUUUGUGGCAAGAACAAAAUGUAUAA